GAACUUGUUCCUUUAAUAUUUCACUUUCAGCGGAACUGGACUACUGAUCAAUCUGACAGCUUUUUUUAAAGUACUACUCAAUUGUUGCUAUUGUUGUUAUCGUAGAUUUUGUUGUAGUGAUUAUUCUUGUCAUGGUUUUGUUUCGCUCUGCAAACAUUUGUUAGGAUGUGUAGGAUAUCAGUAGCACAAUAGUUUUCUCCUUUUCUUUCUUUUAUUUUUUUUACAGAGUCAAGUGAUAAAGAAAGGACAGAAGCCGUGGAAACUGUUUGAUAUUAUCGGAGAUGGCCUCAAGUAACAAAAGUUAUCCAUCAAACUCAGAGACAACACUUAAAGGACUGGUCGACGACCAUGUGCGGGAGAUAUUCGUUCUUCUGUUCUUCGUCUUCGCCUUGGGAACCAUCAGUUUCUUUGGCGUCGUCUUCAACGCAGUCAACAUGAUCGUUUUCAUUAAGCAGGGCUUUAAAGACACAGUGAACAUUGCUCUGUUUGGUAUGGCCAUUUCAGAUAUCGGAGCUCUGCUUCCUCUGCUGUGGGAGAGCGUCUGUUUCAACCCUUGGUUUGCCAGUGCCGAUUUACCCUUUGACCCGCAGGACGUCGUGUAUGUGACGUCAGGAUGGCCCCACGUUUGUUUCGCCCGCAUUACUAGUUGGAUCACGGCCUUCGUCACGUUGGAGAGAUGUCUGUGUAUCGCUAUGCCCCUCAAAGUGAAGACAAUCAUAACUCCAAGGCGGACAAUUUAUGUCAUUCUCGGCAUCUACUUGGCGAUGUUUGCUUGCGUUGUACCAGCUCUGUAUUCAGUUUAUCUUGGUCCGAAACUCUACCCGCUCAGAAAUGAGACCAAGAUUGGGUUAAUCUUCAUACCUAACGGACCUUAUAUAGAGACUUUUUCCACUAUGUUAUACGCCUUUUCUCAAAUUGCUUCUUUCUUCGCUGUUAUUGUUUGCACUGCAAUUCUCGUUCAAAAUCUGAUACGUAAAUCAAAAUGGCGGGAGUCUACUUCAAGCACUGCACAACAAGAAUCGUUUUCAAAUCGAGACAAGAAAAUUGUUAAGAUGAUUCUUUUGAUUGCAGUUAUAUUUAUUGUUUGUUUUCUGCCCAGCACAGCCAGCUUUAUUGCCCAGACUAUCAAGCCUGAGUACAACUUCGUUGGGAGAUACCAGAACUUGUUUCUGCUUUCGUGGGCGAUUUUUACGUCGGUGGCGGCUGUCAACUCUACAGUAAAUAUUUUUGUGUAUUACAAAAUGAGCUCCAAGUACAAAGAGAUUUUAGACAAAAUGCUCAGGAUGAACGGAGAGAAGAGUGUGUGAGACAGGCGUACGGAUGUAAUCUAACAGCCAACUGUUCAAGACAAUCACCUGUACAGACGACCUCUUACUACCCCCCCCCCUCAUCCCUUCCGGGCUAC